UCUCAGAACAAGGUGAGGCUCCGCCUCUACCAUCGCCCCUAGCUAGCUUCUUGUACAGAAAAUCUCCAAAUUUCCAUCUAGAAUUUAUCGAUUAGUUUUUAUUUUCUUUUAUUUCUUUAUUUUUAAAAUUUUUAGCUCUAGAAGACUAUCCAUGGCUUCUUCUUCAACCAAGAAAGCCGCGGCGGAUCGGAUAAAGGGUCCGUGGAGCCCGGAGGAAGACGAAGCGUUACAGAGGCUGGUGCAGAGCUACGGCCCGAGGAACUGGUCUCUGAUCAGCAAAUCGAUCCCUGGUCGAUCCGGGAAAUCGUGCCGGCUACGGUGGUGCAACCAGCUCUCGCCGGAGGUGGAGCACCGGCCGUUCACUCCUGAAGAGGACGACACCAUAAUCCGGGCCCACGCCCGGUUCGGGAACAAGUGGGCCACCAUCUCGCGGUUGCUUAAUGGCCGCACCGAUAACGCCAUUAAGAACCACUGGAACUCGACGCUCAAGCGCAAAUUCUCGUCCAUGUCCGACGACAUGUCGCCGGAGCAUCAGCCUCUCAAAAGAUCGGCCAGCGUCGGAGCCGGUACCACCGUCUCGGGUCUGUACUUGAACCCGGGCAGCCCAUCCGGAUCCGACUUGAGCGAUUCUAGUCUGCCCGGCGUAAUUCCUCAUUCGCAAGCAGCCUUCCGGCCGGUGGCGAUGACUGUUGCUCCGCCGGUUGAGCCGGUGGCUUUGGCGGUGGCGGUGGAUCCACCGACAUCACUCAGCCUGUCGCUUCCCGGAUCCAACGAAGGGCGGACUCAUCAGAGAUCAGCAUCAGGAUCCGGAUCCAGCUGGAUUGUGAGCCCCAAGCCUAAAGUAGUUCAUCAGCCUCAAGUAAUUCAAGUUCAACCUCAAGAAGCAGAAGCGGCUGCGGCUGCGGCUGCGGCUGCGGCUGCGGCGGCGCGUGUGGGGAAGCAAAACAGUAGUGAGGUGGGGAUUGAUAAGCAGUUCUUCACCGCGGAGUUUUUGGAUGUGAUGCAGGAGAUGAUCAGAACGGAAGUGAGGAAUUAUAUGUCUGGGAUUGAGCACAAGGGAAUGAUGAUGCAUACUGAAGCAGCCAUUAAAAACGCAGUUGUAAAACGGAUUGGGAUUAGCAAGGUGGAGUAGUAGAGUGACUGUAGCAACAGCCCUAGGAUUAUGAAUCUAUGAUCCAAGAUGGUGAUCAAUGUUGAGGAGUCGGACCCAGUUAAACCCUUAUCGGAGAAACCUUCGAGUUAGGCCAGCCAAAAGAAUUAAGCUCUGUUGUUAAAUUUCCGUUUGUUUUUUCGUUUGUUAAAGUAGCAGUCGGAAUAAUUUUGGUAAUGUACAGAGAGGAGGAGCAGACUGGGGAUGAUGAGCCUUUGGUUUUAUUGACAUAAAAAGAGUAACUGGGUGGAUCA